CCUCCUCGGGGGCUCCCCGCACUCCUGGGGCCAGCAGCAUGAAGGGGAGAAAAGUGACAGGCCGCGUGAUCGAAUCCCGUUACCUGCAGCAGCUGGAGAAGACAUCGAGAAAGGCCCCGGAGGCAGAUGCCACCACGAAGACCAGCAGGAAGGUGGCAGAACCAGGAAGGAGGCCCGGGACUGGCCCCGCCAGAAGUGCAGGCGGGAAUAGCAGCAGGGGUGCAGGGUCUGGGGCUGGAGGAGAUACCAGCAGGGCUGACAAGGGGGACCUGCAGUCCACGCUGCUUGAGGGACAUGGCAUGGCGCUUCCGGAACUGGACCUCUCAGCCAUCAAGGACAAGAGCCUCAUCAGGCAAAUCCCACAGACCCCACGGACCCCACGGACCCCGCAGCUCCAGAGGAACGUGCACCAGAAAUCUGAGUCUUCCCUGAGUACCUCGCUCAGGACGGGGUUGGAUGUGUCUGAGGUGAUGGAGAUGGUGGACUCGCAGGCGUUGCUCCUGACGCUGCUGACCGUGAAGAUGGAGAACAGCCUGGCGUCCUUCGAGGAGGAGGCGGAGAAGCAACUGCAAACCGUGGGCAAGGAAGCGGAGAGGCUGCGCCGGCAGACCCAGGAGCUGCGAUGUCGCAUCCAGCUGGGCCAGAGACUUCGGCAGCUGGCAGCUGUCCUGGACGAGCAGAUAGCAACGCUCAGCCCCUGUGAGGCUGUGACCCAGAACUUCAGAGAAAAGUACCAGGCCCUGGCCGGCGCCCUGGAUGCCACACGGCACGAGCUACCUGUCAGAGCCAUCCACCUGCGCAGUGACGGCUCCGGGCUGCUAGAUGACAUCCAACAGGAGCUGCUGACCACACACCAGCUGCUCAGGGAGCUGGGCCUGGAUGCCAACCCCAGUCCCGGGCAGGCUCUAGGCCUUCUGGAAGAUCUGCGGGCCGCCACACAGACCAUGGACCACCAGCUGCAGAGGAGCUUUGCCGAACUUCUAGAACUGUCCGCCGAGGCCAGCAAGGAAGUAGCCCUAGCUAACCAAGAGGCCUGGGAAGAGACGUUGAGCACAGAAGAGACUCAGCACUGCUACUUCAGGGGGUCCUGGGGUGCCACUGCCUCUAAGAUACCUUCUGCAUCAUAAAUCCCCAUUCUGGGGGGACACCUGGAGGUGUGGUCUGAAUCAAGUCGUACUUCUGG